GGGGUUGUGUUCGCUAUUAGCUUACGUCACGUCGGUGGGAAUUGUGCGGUCAGAGACAACCCGGAGAAGCAAGGACUUAUGGCUACAGUGAGAGAGAAAGCGGCGGCUUUGAAUCUCUCCGGGACAUUUUUCAGCCCAAUGCACCGACCACCAGAUCACCGAAUGGCCAACAAGCCAUUCCGGGCCACGUACAUCUGGAGCAGCAUCAUCAACAACCUUCAGUCGCAGGUGGAGGUCAAACGAAGGCGCCACAACCUCAAGUCCCACAACGACUGCUUCCUGGGCUCGGAGGCCGUGGACGUCGUCCUGGCUCACGUCAUCCAGAACAAGUUCUUCGGGGACGCGGACAUCCCCCGGGCGAAGGUGGUGCGCGUGUGCCAGGCCCUCAUGGACCGCAAGGUGUUCGAGGCCGUGGGCACCAACGUGUUCGGCAAGGAGAAGAAACGGGCCACCUUUGAGGACAGCAGCUUCAGCCUCUACAGGUUCCUGAAUGCGCAGGCCAACUCCACGAACAGUCCGAGCGCAAACGAGUCUCCCAGCUUUAACAGGACGGUUUACGGCGCGCCUUGCCGAAGGCAAGAGGCAGAGUAUUUGAAUAGCACGCCCAUCAAAGCUGACACGUCUUUGGAGGACCUUUUGGGGAACUUGAACCAAAGUCUAGCCCAUACCCCACAUCUGCCGGUGAAUUCUGGAUUAUCACAAACGUUGGUGGACGGGGUGUGGCACGAGCAGACUGUACUGCGCCUGCUGCAGCUGGUGGAGCUCCCCCUGGUGGACAGCCUGCUGGAGGGCACGGACAGCCAGCUGCCCCCGCUGCGCAGCAUGGACAGCGAUCCCGACCUGCUCUACACCAGCAACUACCUGGACAGGGAGAUCCUCAAAGCCUUCAGUGACUCGCAGGCGGACGACUGGCUCUCUGCCGCUGUGGACUGCCUGGAGUUCCUGCCGGACCAGCUGGUGGUGGAGGUGAGCAGGGGCCUGCCCGGCUGCUCGGACCGGCUGCAGCAGUGCAAGAGGCUGCUCUUCGACACCCUGUCCAAGCACUACGGCCAGCCUGCCUGCCCAGCACUGCUCACCAACCGCAUGUUCGACAUCCACAGCGGCAUCACCGACCUGCUGGUGAACGGGAAGCUGGAGCAGGCGCUGGAGGCCCUGCAGCUGUGUCUGAAGCUGCUGGACGCGCGCGCUCGCGAGGAGCUCCGCAGGCUGCUGCGCUUUAUGGCCGCGGCUGCGGACCCCGGGGAGGUCAAACUCCACAAGGAGAUUGAGAACAGAAUGGCGGUGAAAAGGGCUUUUUCAAGAGCCAUCGUCCAUGGCAGGCAUCUGGCCAAGGGAAAAGUGGACCUUCUGGUGCUGUUCCUGAUGGACAAUCACCGGGAAGUCCUCAAGAUUCCAGGAUCUUUGCACAAGCUGGUCAGUGACAAACUGGCCUAUAUCGCGCAUGGGAAAAACCCAGAUGCAAUAACAGGCUCUACCUACUGUAGCAGAGUCACUGGAAAGGUAUACGAGGAGAGCAGUCAGAAAACCACAAAGGAAGAGCUGUUGGUCCUCCUCCGGAGUAUUCACGAGAACCCGAAGCUCUCGGCCAAAGAGAAGAAACGCUUACUCGGCCAGUUUUACAAAGGCCAUCCUGAGAUUUUUGUACAGUAUUUUGGAACCAAAAUAUCCACUGUUGAAGUGUAAUUUUAACUGAAAUGAACCACUGUAUAUAUUGUAAAAAGAAGUGUGUACGAACCAUUUCAAUGUUGUUAGCAUGUGUAAAUCUUAAUGUGAAAGCUUUAAUAAAAUGUUUUUAUUUUACAUAAUCUGGA